AUGAACUUUUUUAACGUUCAGGAUGAAUUUAAAAAAAACCCAGAACUUAAUGAAGAAGAUUUAAAUCAUCUCAGAGAAUGGAUAUCCAAACAACCACACCUUCCACUCGUUACUGAUGAACUACUUGUGCUAUUUUUUCAUAGCUGUUUUUAUCGAUUGGAACCGACUAAAGUAACCAUUGAGUCGUAUUUCACUCUUCGCACUCACUCGCCCGAAUUAUUUACAAAGCGAGAUACCGAUGUAAAAUCUGUGUUGGAAGCAUUUAAAACUAUAUCGUUUUGUGCAUUGCCGGAAUCAACUCCAGAUGAUUGCAAAGUUAUAUUUAUAUACGCUAAACGCGUAGAGGCAGAAUUGUUUGUUUUAGCUGAUUUCAUUAAAGCACUCAGCAUGGUGAUCGAUAUGUUAUUAAUGACUUCAGGAACUUUCAAUGGACUUAUAAUUAUUUAUGACAUGAAAGGUUUUAGUCUUAGUCACGUCGGUCGUUUAGGUAUCAAUAUGAUGAAAAAAUACGUGUAUUUCUUACAAGAUGGAUUGCCGGCUCGUCUAAAAGCUAUCCACACAAUAAAUACAGCUCCGUUUAUUGAUAUGAUAACCAGUAUGACGAAACCUUUUAUGAAAAAAGAAUUAACCGAGAAACUGUACUACCAUUCAACUACAGAUCCUGAGUCGAUAUUUAAAUAUAUACCUAAAGAAAUAAUGCCAAUCGAAAUUGGAGGAAGUGGACAACCUUUGAAAAAUAUAAACGAUGAUACAUUUGAAAAAAUUAAAGAAAUGAAAAAAUGGUUCUUAGAAGAAGAAAAUUACAGAGUGGAUGAACAAAAACGUCCAGGUAAACCAAAGACAGAAAGUGACUAUUUCGGCGUUGAAGGUUCUUUCAAGACAUUGAAUUUAGAUUGAAUUAAAUUGUUAUUGUUUUGGGAUACAAAUUAUAUUUAUACAGGAAAAAUGGAGGAUUAAGUAUAGUGUAAAAGUUUUAGUUUUUAGAUUAUACGCAAUAGGAUAAAUUUAAA